UCGGUAUAUUAUUGAAAUGUGAGUAAUCCUAGCUUCCGUGUGAAAGGGGAGAGACGACUUUGAACGUUCCACACUUUGCUUACGGAGAGAAACGGCUUCGGAUCUCAAUAUUUUAACCCUGGCUGCAAAAGCACUGUACUACAUGAAAGCCCUAGGUUCACAAUCCAAUCCGGACCCACUAGAUUUCUUUUGCUCUUUUGAUUGAGAGAGAAUCUGGACUAGGUUCCGCGACUUGACUUGAAGCCUCCGAAUCACACGUCCCCAACCUACAUGUGAAUUUAUACUCCUACUAGUAAAUCAUGACUUGAGGCCCCACCCACUGAGGUCGGUUCCGCCCACCUUUUUGACAGUUCGGCUGCUUUUAAAUUAAAUUAAAUUAAAAAAAUUCAUACUAGAUACAACAAUAAAUGUCGGCACGACUGAAAAUGGGAUAACUGAAUCCACAGAGGUACAGAAACGAUCCGUCACAAAGAGAAGAUUAUAAUCAGGGCCAUCUACCUCUAGAUUUUCACCCAAACUACAGCCAGGCUAUGAUACCAUAUCUCUUGCCGGCGAUGAACAACAUAAAAAAAACUUUCAGACACCGAAUCACUCCAAUAAAGACAAAGAUUGUCAAGCAUAUCAUAUCGGUAGAAAAAAAAAAAGAAAUGCAAAAAUCCACCAGGAACCUGGGGAAGAAAGAGAAAUAAAGGGGAAAAAACUAGCAGAAACAGAAAAAGAGAAAGAAAGAGGGAACGCAACCGCACCACACCCACAGGAAAUGACAGCGGUCAAGGUCGCCGGUACACCGAAAGGACGACCUCCAAGUUCACUAUAUAUAUCCAAGUAAAUUCAAACAAACAAAGUCAGUCCAAGUAAAUUCAAACAAAACAGUCAGAGUCCAAGUAAACUCAAACAAAAAAGGUCAAUGUCCGAGUCAAUUCAAACAAAAAAGUCAAAGUCCAAGUAAAUUGAAAAAACUAGUCAAAGUCCAAGUAAAUUCAAACAAAAAAUGUCACUGUCCAAGUUUGUCAUGGAAGGACAUACUGGUCAAGGAAGCCAAACACCAGCUACCUUAAAUAUCUCAGCACCUCGCCUGACUUACCAUACCCAAGGAAAGCAAGUAGUAGUAAUAGGAGCGACAGAAACGAGAGCCAGGGGAGAGCAACAGCAGUAGACGAACAUUCAGAAAAAACAACAAAACUAGGUACCGACGGCAAGACACAAGAAGAUAUGUGCAAGAAAAAGUAGAGCCAGAAUACCAUCCAUCGUCACAGCGAGCAACAAGAUCACCAUUGAAGCAUCAUCAGCACCGGGGCGAUCUCUUUUAGUCAAUGGCCGAGAUCAUCAGGUCUGCCAUCAUUGGGGAGACAGUUACCCAGAUUUUUUCUGGCAUAACCAACAGGAAAGACGAUGAUAAAUCAGAUGAAGCCACCGGAGGAAGUGGCCUAGAGAGGCUAGAGAUGGCACACAUCAAAAUGGAGGCUGCACUCGAGAUGUCUGACAAGUGGCAGAUCACCGAUGUGUCACUACUUCAUUGGCGUAAGAAGCUGAAGUGUGCUGCCCAGGAUUGCAACGACGCAGCUCGCAGAUGCUGGGAGCUCUCACUGGAAGAAGAUGAGGCAGAUCAGGUGCUAAGAAAAUCUUCGUUUGCUACACGGAUCGCUCAUGCGACCAAGUCAUUUGUCUCCUCUUUCAUUGGCUGCGAAGGUGAUCAUUACUCAGGCAGCAUCGCCGCCGCCGUUCGAAGAUUCGAGAGGUUUGCUGAUGGUGCUACAGAGUUCAUUCAAUGUGUGCAGCUCGGUGGAACACCUCGACAGCCCCUGUUCUUCGACCCUCUCAUCAGGCAUAUCUUCACAGGCAAAACGCUGCGGUAUAUGGUGAUGCAUCCGGGAGGCCAGUAUCAAUACUUCGGCAUACGUCCUAUGGCCUUCGAGGAGCGUGGACUGGAGGCCAUGCUAUCCUUGAUAUAUGAAGAUUUCAAGGUGCCCAAGAACAGUUUUCGCCUUGGGUUCAUGCUGCGUCUUUCAGAGAGUACAGACAUUAUCGGAACUACAGUCAAGUGCUUGCGACUGGUGACACCUCACUUCAAGUCCACGGCCGACGCUGUGAUCAAAGAUAUCAUCCAACUCCCUACCCAAGAUUUUUCCAGUUUACCACCAGAGGCUGAGAGCACAAACAUGGAACACUGGAACCAUAUCCACAAAACUUUUACUAGAUGGUUCCGUCCAGAUCCAUUAUGUUGUCAAGGAUACAAACAGGAGGUCAUGCCUUCUCAUGUCGGUAACUGCGGGAACAACGUGAGACUUUCAAGCAUAUUUCCAGAACCAGUGUGUGAAGUGUUUUUGCAGCGUCAAAUCUCUCUACUCGAUUAUAAGAACCUACAGGGAUCAACUGCGGGAUAUGAUGUUUCUUCUCUGGAGAAUACCCCACUUCUGAAGCUGGGAAUUCUGUUCAUGCCUCAUGAUUCUCUGGAGAACCCCAAGUCCACCGGCGAGGGCUCUGCCAUAGAGGUGAUUGAUGGAGAGAAGCAACAUCUCACACAUGCAAAUGUUCAUCCGGACCAACUUGAUGAGAUAUUGCUGCCCAAGGCGAUAGAUUAUCUUCACCAUAACACCGAGACUGCGACGUAUCAGAUAGUAUGGAGGUCCAACCAUGGCAGUGCACACCUAUGUGUGGAGAAGACAAGCACAACAAGAAUUCCCAGAGCACACAGAGCCGCCAUACGACAAGGUAGGAACAAGAAUAGUAAGACACUUCGUCAGAUGCGGCAGGAGCAGAUGAGGAAAGUGCAGUGGAUGCAGGUAGCCAAAGAUUUCCUGAAACUAUGGGUUGUGCGUUCCUCAGAGAGGUUGCAGAGCAUAUUUACGUCAUGGCUCAAACAGUAGGGACAAAACUAGUGAUUUGUGGCUUAACAUCACAGGAAUCUUGUAGUAUUCCCACAUGACUAAUUUGAAAUUUAUGUGUGUCAACGAAAGCAGGACCUUGUGUUGAGUUGUACCUCUGGCAUGAA